AUGACCUCCUCUAUCCUCCCCCCUCCGCUCUACACCCCCUCCUCCUCUUCCACCCUCCUUCUUAGAGAUUGGAAGAGCCUUAUUGCUACCCAGCCUCUUGUUUCCAAUGAGUUUACCUCUUCCAUCACUCACUUCCCCACUGAGAAUGCCACUGCUCAUUUCACAUCCGCUCAGUUCACCGCUGGAUCAUCAGAAUGGUCCCUCUCUCUAGUCGGCUAUUCCAUCGGAAGGCGUCCGUACUAUGAAGCUUUACUCGCAACAAUCAAAAAAGCCUGGAACUUGAAAGGGUCCCUCUCUCUGCUUACCUUAGAUGAUGGGUUCUUUCUCCUCAAGUUCAACAAUCGGGAAGAUUUUGACAUGGCCUGGUCGGGUGGUCCUUGGUUCUUCUUUGGAAAACCAUUCAUACUGCAGAAGUGGACUCCGGACUUCAUCCCUGUUCGCGAGGAGUUCCCUUCAAUCCCCCUGUGGAUCAAAAUUAAAAAUUUCCCUCUUUCUUGCUGGACACCGGAGGGGAUCUCAAAGAUUGCGAGUUGCGUUGGCAUCCCGCUUGCUGUUGACGCCCUAACAGCUGCCAAAACGAGACUCACCUUCGCCUGGGUGUGUGUUCAGGUGAGUAGCUCCUCCCCCUUGCCGGAUGUGAUCUACUACACGGUGGAUGACAAAACUUUUCCCCUUACUGUGCUCUACGACUGGAAGCCUUCCCACUGUUCCUUUUGUAACUCCAUCAUGCAUGCCCCUAAUGCCUGUCCUAAAAACCCAACCCCUCAAUCUACUGAAACAUCCCAAAACCGUGGUAGAAGCACCAGCCGAAAACCCCGGAAACUCCCCCCUAGACUGAACAUUCCUAAACCUCCCAGCUCUUCUACCUUUCAGCCUCAGCUGCAGCCCCAGCCUCAACCCCAGCCGCAGCCCCAUCCUCAACCUCAGCCUCAACCACAGCCUCAAUCAACCCAACCAUCCACCUCUCUUUCAACAGCCCCUGCUUCUACAGCUGUUGAAAUAAACCCCCUCAUUCCUAACCUUAAUUCCCCUUCAGAGGACUUUAUUCCCCCCUCACCCACCACCAUUACUUUUUCACCUACCACUGUGUCUACCUCCCCACCUGUCCCGACAAAAAACAAAUUUGAUGUCCUUAAUGAUCAAGACCCUACUCCAGAGACCUCCUCUACCCAAACAAUAUCCUUACCUUCUUCCUCUUCCAACCCCCAUGAUAACCCGGACAACCCUACAGAUAUAUCCAAAAAAAUCAUGGCUCCCAGCUCUUAUGAUAAUUUUGAUUAUGCUACCCCCGGUCUCAUAUGGAUUAAGUGGAACUCUUCUUCUCUUAUUGUGUUUUUGUCGUUUAUGCUUCUAAUGCUUUGGAUGAAAGGCUCCUCCAAUUCAUCAUUUGCUGAUAUUGCCAUUGGUAUUACUUCCCCCUGGAUUAUUCUAGGGGACUUUAACUGCUGCAGAUCCUCUAAUGAGAAAGCCGGUGGUUCUAUACUUACUAGCAGCAAAGUGGCCGAUUUCAACAAUUUGAUUUUUACUAUUGCUGUCCAUGAUCUGUCUUCUAUUGGUCAUUAUUUUACUUGGUAUAACCAAAGGACCGAUAACCCAAUCCACAUUAAAUUAGAUAGGAUGUUGGUUAACGACUGCUGGCUUGGAAAUUUUCCUUCAUCCUUUUAUCUUGUGGACAACCCACAGAUUUCUGACCAUUCUCCUAUCAUUUUACAAAUGGAUCAAAGUAAACGCAAGAAUCACCGAUUUCUUUUUAAGAACUAUUGGCUGGCUAACUCUGAGUUUUGGGAUUCUCUUAUUCAGGUUUUCUCUCAAAGAUUUCAUAGCAGUCCCAUUCAUGCUUUUUUCCAGAAGCUUAAGACUCUCAAGAUCAGUCUGAAAUCCAAGAAUUGGGUCACUUCCAACUCCCUUCAAAUUGAUAUUUCUGAUCUUACAUUCUCGCAAAACAAUCUUUUAUGUCAAAUUCAGGCUAAUCCUCUGGAUUCUGAUCUCAAUCUGGCUCUUAAAGAUAUUAACCACAAGCUUGCGGUUAAAAACUCUGAUUGGUCGUCCUGGAUUAUUCAAAGGGCUAAAGCAAAGUGGCUUUCGAAUGGGGAGGAUGAUUUGAAGUUUUUAUAUUCUAGGAUCAAUGUCAGACAUAAUUCAAAUCAAAUCAAUUGCAUCACUACUGCUGAAGGGACUUUUUCUAAUCCUGAUGAUAUUAAUAGAGCCAUUGUUAAUCAUUUUCAAAAGGUUUUUAAUUCUACUGCUCCUCUUACUCAAUCUAGCAAGGCUCCUCCAAUUCAUCAUUUGCUCCCUUCCAGCUCCAUUCCAGGCUUGGUUGCUCCUGUCACUGUGGAUGAAAUUAAGAAUGUUAUCUUUUCCUCCCCUGCUUGCUCGGCUCCCGGCCCAGAUGGAUACACUUUUGAAUUUUACAAAUCUACUUGGAAUACUAUUGGAAGUCAACUUACUGAUGCUGUGAUGUCUUUCUUCUCGACUGGCUCUAUGCCUAAGCAUGCUAAAGCUACUGCUAUAGCUCUCAUACCCAAAAGGCCUCAUGCUCAAGACAUUGCGGAUUACAAACCUAUUUCCCUAUGCAACACUUUUUAUAAGAUAAUAGCCAAGAUUCUUGCCAAUCGUUUGAAAGAUGUUAUGCCUUUUAUAAUCCAUUCGAGCCAAUCUGGUUUCAUUAAUGAUAGAGUUAUCUCUGAUAAUAUCCUUUUAGCGGCUGAGCUUCUCAAAGAAUUCAAUUCCAGUCACAAAGAUCAAUUUUUCUGUGCUAAAUUUGAUAUUCACAAGGCAUUCGACACGGUUUCUAGGAAAUUCUUGAUUGAAUGUUUGCUUGCUAAGGGAUUUCCUAAAAUCUUUGUUUCCUGGAUCUAUGGCUGUAUUUCUGACGUUUACUUUUCGGUUUCCAUUAAUGGGGGGCUUGAAGGAUACUUUCUUCCUCCUCGGGCCUUAGAGGCAACCAACAAUAACUCUCUCUUGGGCCCGAAAGCUGGCAGCACCUGUUUCUCCCAUCUCUUAUACGCGGAUGAUCUUUUAGUUUUUGCUAAAGCAACUCGGGAGAAUGCACAUCACUUGAGCUGCAUCCUUGAUGACUUCUUUAGUCUCUCGGGUUUAAAGGUCAAUAGCAGCAAAAGCAAAAUUGUUUUCUCUAAGAACUCUACUCAGGAGCAGGCUAUUAGUAAUACCUUGAAUAUCCCCAUCUCUUCCAGUCCGAUUAAAUAUUUGGGCAUCCCUAUUUUCCAUAGGAAACUGAAAAUUGUUGACUUUCAGCCCCUUAUGCAUAAGAUCACGGCAACCUUGGAUGGCUGGAAAGCGAGAUCCCUCUCUAUGGCUGGUAGACUGCAAUACCUUAAACACACCAUUAACAGCAUCUUGUUGUAUUGGGUCCGUGGGACUCUGCUUCCCAAAACUUGUAUCAAGAAGAUUAAAAGCCUUUGCUCUAGAUUUCUUUUUUAUGGUGAUAUCCAAAAACGUAAAAUGCACCUCAUCUCUUGGAAGGAUACCUGCAAACCUAAGAUUUAUGGGGGGUUGGGCAUCCCUUCUAUUGAAGCUUUAUAUUAUGCUUGUGGCUGCAAUGUUAUCUGGAGGUUUUAUAGUUCUAAAAGUUACAUUUUCUGCUGGUGGAAAGAAAAAUAUGGAUCCCUUUGGAACACUCAGAUUACUAAAUGCUCCUCUUAUUGGAAAAACUUAUGCGAUGUGGCUAAGAGCCUUUUGCAUUCUUUGAACUUCAAAAUUAAUCCUUCUAGUAAUCUUUCUUUUUACUGGGAUCCUUGGUGCCUUGCUUUAUCGGUGGCUGAUCGUCUGAAGCAGAAUCAACUUGAUUUUUUGAUUUCCAAAACUAAUGUGCCUGUUUGUAAUCACAUAUCUAACGGUACCUGGACUCUUCCUGCUUCUCUUCCUGCCCAUAUUGCUGACUUGAUACGUUCCGUCCCCUUUUCUGUUGGGCUGGAAGAUUGCUGUUGGAUUGCACCUACUAAACCUUCAUUCAAAAAUUUUUAUAUGAAUUCUAUGAGGAUGUUGAGAAGGUUAAUUGGUAUAAUUUUGUUUGGCAUAAGCACAGCUCCCUUCGGUUUGCUGUUUACUCCUGGACUGCAUUUAGGGAUGGUCUCAAAACUGCCUCUGUUCUCGCCGCUAGGGGCAUCUCGAAUGCAAUCCAUGCUGUUUAGGCCUAAUUUAUGGCAAGCUUUUAAUGAUAUUGAGGUUGAGGAAGCUAUUAACAACAGGAAGAAUUACUCUUUUUUAUCUCUGUCUGCUAUUGUUUACUUCAUUUGGAGAUCUAGGAACGACAGAUUAUUUGGCAACUGUAUUCUGGUGCCUCUUGGUCGGCUUCUCCGAGCUGCCAGGGGCUUGCUGGGUGUUUUGAAGGACUAUGAUGAUUGCAAUCUACAUUAUUCCCCUUGGACGGCCUGUCGCUGCUGUUCUUCUUCUCGGCAACCAGGGGAUUUUCGGCUACAAGGGUGCAUUCUUGAUGAUUGCUUAACUGAGUCCUUAUUGCUUUUUGCUUAUCAUUUUGCUUUUCUUGUAUUUUCACAGGUUUCAUAG